UGCGGUCAGGUCAGAAUAUGAGAGUGGGAAAUUAAUCAAAUCGCUUGUUUUGUAUACAAUAGCUACAUUACUAUUAAAAUCACUAGCCAUGAGUUUCGACAGAUCCGCCCAAUUUCAUUCCACACAACUCACGCCGCUUCGGAAUAAACGGACGAGGUCUUUGUUGCCGAGAGAUGAUACGCUGAAUAUGUCGCCCAUUCUUAACGAUACCUCCAUAUUCAAAACUCUCAACGACACAAGUUUACGGCAGGUACUGGAUGAAUCUUCAAUGCUGAUCAACCCCGGAAAUCCCAGCGAAGGUUUGAACGAAACUUUUUUUGAGAUUAUUCAUUCAAGUCACCGAAGCAACUUAUUGGAAACAAUGGCGAAGUUAGGUCAAAAGUGCCGGGAGUCGCUGGAGAAGGUUGAGCCCUGGAACCGAUACAACGUGCACAAUUAUUGGUUGGGUGAAGAAGCAAACACCUGGCAGCUUCUGCACUGCUUAUAUGCUGACUCCAUUGAGGAACACCCUGAAUCUUUAGAGAGUUUGUUAAGCGAGGUUAUGCUAUCUCAGCAAGAUUUGGUCGGUGCCUUAUUUCAAAGCGAUUCCGAACUGCGACUGUUGCAGCUGUUGGUGGACUGGCUAGAAGCUUCAGCUGCAUACCAAGAUGAAGCCUCAGCCAAUGUAGCUCCGGUAAUUCCAAAUAAUGUUCACUGGAGCAAUACUCUGCAUCACUUACUUAUUGGAUCCAGUCUGUUUAACAAGGAGAAAGCUAAGGACAUGGUUACUUGUAUAGAUCCAGAUGCACCAAGACGGCAGAAGAAGACUAUUCACACUGAUGACCAGAAAGAUGAUAGUGAUCUCUGCAAGCGUGUUUUCACUGAAGUAAGAUGUGGCAAGUUUAAAGAUGCUGUUUCAUUGUGUCUCAGUGCCGGGCAAGCUUGGCGCGGAGCUGCCAUGCAGGGGUGGAGACUGAUGCACUACUUGCCGAGAGAAGAUCCUAACAGUAAUCUUGAGAUUUACGGCAACCCAUCACGGGAUUUGUGGAAGUGGUGUGCCUUGGGGAUUGCAACCAAUAUUGCUGAGAAUAUAUACUACAGAGCUACAAUGGGUAUCCUCUGUGGACAUCUUCCUAGCACUAUUGCAGCCUGUCAAGGGAACUGGGAAGAUCUGCUCUGGGCUCAUUUGAGAACACAAAUUGAGGCAAGGGUGGAUAGGUUUCUGCAUGAACAUCAUGCUACAGCUGAUGCUAACACAACAGAGCCAGAUGUCUUACAGUUGGUGCAGUCAGAGCUUCAUAUUGAGGAGAUGCCUUUGCAGGAAGUGUUCAGUGCUGUCAAUGCCCUAAUGGAUGGUAAGAAAGAGACACCUUACCAGACAUGCCAACGGUACCUGAUGCUAGGUCAUGUCAGAGCUAUCAUGCAAGACUCAUUGGAUUGGCUGGAGAGUGGAGAUGAGCAAUUAAUCCGGUUUCUAGCUCACCUCAUUCUAGUACUCCGACAAAUGGGAAAAGAUCCUCAACAUGACAUUGGAGACAAAAUAUUAGAAAAAUAUGUCUCACAGCUCAUUGAAAAGACAACUCUUGAAGGUGUGGAUCGUCCAGAGCUUUUAGCUUACUACACUUCUACAGUGCCAAAAGAUAGCCAGGUGGUCCUUUACGCUGAGUUAAUGGAUCAUAUAACCAAAAGUGACAACAGACAAGAGGUUGUGAAAGCCGGAUCAACGGCCGGAAUAGAUGUGGCCGCUUCAGCCCGAGUUGCCGUAAAGAGAGCUAUAUCUGAAAUCCAACAAGGCUAUGGCAAUAUUGACAUGAUGUUCAACCAAACUACUGCAGUUGAGAAAGAUAAAACUCUGAUUACUAAAGGGCUGUCAUCUCUUGAAUGGCUGGCUUUAGUCCCAAAUCAAGUGGUGGAGGCACUCUGGCUCAGUAACGCUAUGAUACGCACUUUUAUCUUCAUCGGUAACACAGACGCCGCAUCUGCCUGUAUUGUCAACGUAAACCAGCUGUUGCCAUCUUUUGUAAACAAGGUUCCUCAAAACUCCUCGGAACUGCGUGAGCACUUGUGUCUGAAGGCGUACCUUGAAGCUUUAGAAGGCUUUGCAACUUGGUACAGACAUUUCAUCAGUGGGAAGCCUAAAGACGUCGACCCUUUGCCUGAUGACGCGUCGUUUGCUGAUAAAGUAUACCAUGAGCAGAAAUGUGCUCAAGCAGAGCAACAGAAGGCAAGGUGGAUGAAUGCUGUGCUUCAUCAGUUAAAACACACUAAGAGCUUGUUGUACAAUGUUCUGCUAUUCCCCGGAGGAUGGCUUCAAGAUGAAUUUGACAACUCUUCUUCCCCAAACUUCAGUGACGAUGAGAAGUCUGAAAGGUCCAAACAGUUGGAGACUUUGAGACGCCUUUGUAUUCCAGAAGCUACUAUUCUGAUACUAAAACUGCUUCAAAGUGGUGAUGAUGUAGAAAGUCAUAAAGAAGCCGUGGAACUAAGCAAUUUGAUUGCAGGUGAAAACAGAGGGCUCUACAAAGUAUUCACUAAGGAUAAGCUAAUGGAAAUCCUGGAUAGAAUCCGGGAAUCCUCAUUAUUGUUGUUGGAAAAGGGAAAGGAUAUGUUUGGUUAUGAAACAAUUGAAUAAGUGCAUGAGUUUUUAAUAAAUAUUUCUUUGAA